ACAACAUGUUCGGCAUGGGAAGAAAACAUUAUAAUUUUAUUACUUUAUAUAGAAAUCUUCGAGCUGUUUCAUCAACAUAAUUGAUGAUCAACUUUAUUACUUUAGAAAAUAGAAAAAUAUCUGUUUAAGAAUAUCCAGAAAAACACAUAAUGUCUCACCAACUUGGUCGAGUAGUUUCGGAGAUUCUCCUUCGCUAUUACGGUGAAAUAGUUCAGCAGGUCGGAAACGACCUGUUUUCCUAUGGAACUCGCCCUCUGGCUGUAAUAACCAGGAGCACAGGAUUGCCCAGAUCGCAGGUUAUAGAAAGUCUCCGAACACUGGUGAAGUAUGACUUGGCCUCUUUUGAGCCGUCAGCUAAUGAAGUCAUUGCCGACUACCGGCUCAUCCCUGAGAAUGUGCUUCUUCUCAUUAGAUACCCUAGGUACCUGCUGCAGAUGAAGACCAAGUAUGGCAGUGAAGCGGAGCUCCUGGUGGAAGAGCUGCUUCAGAUGGCCACUGCCACUGCCCAUGUCCUGCUGUUUACCAUUGCCAACAAAUACAAGGAUGAUAAGGAAAAAAACAUUUCAAUAAUAACACUAAAAGACACAUUCAUCAGCUUAACCACUGCGGGCUACAUCCAGCAAGCUCCAGUGGCCGAGAUGAAGGAGGGCUCUGAGGUUCCGACCCUCACACCGGUGGCGACUAUAGUGCCCGAGCUUGACAGCAGGGUGCUGUUACAAGCUAUGGCAGCAGGCAGCCUGGCUGACGUCAAUGAUAAUGUGUACUGGAAGGUGAACUACGACAGAUUCCAUCUGGACUUCAGAGACGACGUCAUGAUCAAAGCCAUCACACGACGCAUCGACGAGAAUGCGGGCGAGCUGAUGCGCCUCAUGCUGGAGCAGAUGUACCUGUCGUCGGCGCCGUGGGCCGCGGAGUCCAACCCCGCGCCGGCGCCCGACCUGCGCGCCUCCUGCCGCCGCCUCGACCGCCCCCUGCUGCAGCAGCAUCUCGACCACUAUACGAGAGUUUUAGAGGAGAACGGGUGCGGGUUCAUCCGUCGCGCGGCCGACGCGGGCGGCGGCGCGUGGGUGGUGCGCGCCGCGCGGGCGGCCGAGCAGCUAGCGCACUCGCUCCUAGACCACGUGGUCACCGAGAGGCUCGGCGAUAAGGCCGCUAGGAUAUUCAGAUUAAUUCGUACUAAGAAAUACAUAGAAGAAGAAGACAUACAGAAAUACGCCAUGCUUCCUAACAAAGAGUGUAAGGAACUCACCUACAAAUUACUAGAAGAACAUUUCAUCAGCGUUCAGCCGAUGCGGAAAGCGGCAUCUGCUGGUGGAAUGGCGAAGGCUAUCUACCUUUAUCACAUCGACUUGCAUGACGUGGCGCUGACGUGCACGGAGAUGUGCUACCGCGCGCUGCACAACGUGGCGCGGCGCGCGGCGCACGAGCGCGGGCGGCACGCGCGCCUGCUGGCCAAGCGGCGCCGCGUGCGCAGCCUCGUGCACGGCAUGCGGGCCCGGGGGGAGGCGCAGGCUAACAUCGACGACGUGGAGGAGACCAUAACGCCGCCGGAGCAUCAGGUACUGCAGGGCGUGGAGAAGCGGCUGAAACAGCUGAGCAUCGCAGAAUUGGAACUGGACAAAUCGCUGUUCAUACUCAAGUGGUUUCUCUCCUACUCUUAACACAUUCAAUGCCGAAAACCCGACUAUCGGGUAUUUUAUGAUUUCGUUCCCAGGCCGGACGACUCGAUAGUCGCGAUCGUGGUAUUUACUGCUUUAUAUGACGAAAUUGUUGUGGCCUGGCGCGGACGUCUUGUUUGGCUGGGUGGCAAUGAAUGUGUUUACUGACGCGCCACUAAUUAUGUUGUAAUUUAUCAGAAAGAGAUACGAGGCAAAUAAUCUGGGAAUAGUUGUAAUUCUUAGUUAAGAUACAAUUACAUUUCAACGCUUGCGCGUUUACUGUAAGAGCUCUUUUAGACAGCGCGCCAACUCGUAUGCGAUUUUAACCUCUAGCCGCCCAUACGUCAAACCUUGCCAAGCAAAAUAAAUUUUUAUUUUGUCAACACAAAAUUCAAAUUAGAAUGGAACAGGAGACCUUUUUAUAGGUCUCUGGGCGGCUAGAGGUGAAUUACAUUACGGACAAUCCAAUCCAGCCCAACAGCCAAUUGCCAAUCCAAUUCAAUUCCAUCCUUUCCAAUUCAAUUCCAUUGCAAUUGCAGGAUCCAAUUCAGCCGAUUGCCGAUCACAUACCACAUUGUAAGGAAACUUGCAUGCGAGAUCUCGGACCGUGUAAAUGAGCCCUAGCUCUGCGUUUGAAGUUUUCCUUACUUCGGUAAUCAAACUUGGCCUGAGGAUCGUUGGAUCACCACUUUUCCACAUAUUUUACAUUUAAGGCCGA